AUGGUGCAAUGCACUCUGAUCUGGGCCGGCAUCGGUGUGAUGAUGGCCGUAUCCGGCGCCCUACUCGGUUGGGUCGUUUUCCCCCGUGCCGUGCAUGAGAAAGUAAUAGAGGCUACCGAGCUGCGGCAAGGCACGGAUCAAUAUAAGCGAUGGGAAGCAUUGCCACAGCCGUUAGAUUUUAAGGUGUACAUAUUCAACGUCACCAAUCCGUACGAAGUUAUGCAAGGACGGCGACCGAAGGUGGUUGAGGUUGGACCAUACAUUUAUUUCCAAUACCGGCAGAAGGAUAAUAUACGGUUUAGCCGGGAUCGUUCGAAGGUUCAUUUCAGUCAGCAACAGAUGUACGUCUUCGAUCCGGAGUCGUCCUAUCCGCUAACGGAAAAUGAUGAUCUUACUGUGCUAAACAUGCACAUGAAUAGCAUUUUACAAAUAAUCGAUAACCAAGCAAAGGAAACGAUCACCAAUUUUCGAUCGGACGUGAAUAAUACACUCGAAAAAAUUCCCGUCGUUAGAGUCAUUAAACGGAUCAUCGAGCGCACCACGCCGAUCCAAUCCAUUCUACAAAUCGCCGAGGACGAAACGUACGACAGCUUGCGAUUGAUCAAUGCCGAGCUGAACCGCAUCUUCGGCCGGCCGGACACGAUGUUCCUGCGGACGACCCCGAAACAGUUUCUGUUCGACGGUGUACCAUUCUGCGUGAAUGUGAUCGGCAUCGCGAAGGCGAUCUGUAAGGAGAUCGAAAAGCGCAACACUAAAACUAUUCGCACCAUGCCGGACGGGAGCUUGCGGUUUUCGUUCUUCAGCCAUAAAAACAUGACCGACGACGGCAUGUUCACGAUCAACACGGGCAUCAAGGAUCCUGCCAAGACGCAAAUGAUUGAACUUUGGAAUGGACGAACAACGCUGGAUGUGUGGAACAAUCGCAGCAGCGGAUUACCUUCGGCUUGUAACAAGAUCCGGGGUACCGAUGGGUCGGGCUAUCCACCGUUCCGUACCGGCAUCGAAAGGAUGACCAUCUUCAGCACAGAUAUCUGCCGGACGGUGGACAUUAAGCUCACCGGGUCAUCAUCGUACGAAGGCAUCCCCGCACUGCGGUACGAGAUCGACGGUAACUUCCUGCACGAAAUUGGACCCGAGUAUGGUAACGAGUGUUAUUGCGUGAACAAGAUCCCGAAGUCGAUCGUUAAAAGCAAUGGUUGCCUCUACAAGGGAGCGCUGGAUCUUUCCAACUGUUUCGAUGCACCGGUGGUACUGACGCUUCCUCAUAUGCUGGGUGUAGACGAGGAAUAUACGGCAUUGAUUGACGGUAUGGACCCUGAGCCGGAACGGCAUCAGAUCUUCGUGGACGUGGAACCGUACACCGGGACACCCUUGACCGGCGGGAAAAGGGUACAGUUCAACAUGUUCCUGCGGCGGAUCGACGCCAUCAAGCUGACCGAUCGGCUACAACCGACCCUGUUUCCGGUCAUCUGGAUCGACGAAGGUAUCGCACUGAAUGAGGAUAUGGUGAAGCUGAUCGAUGACAGUCUUAUGAAAGUGCUCAGCCUGCUGGACAUUGUGCAGUGGGCGCUGAUCGGUGUUGGCCUGUUGCUGGCCACCCUGAUGCCCAUCGUAUACUUCGUCAAACGGUGCCGGGGUAAUGACAGCCGAACGGUUAGUCCAGCCGUAACGGCCACGACAAGUGCGGCCAGCCUAUCGAUGGCGACGGGCGUUACCGGCGAUCGCAACAAAUGA